GUGCUUAUUAUAAACAGUGCAGAAAGAAAGAGUUAAUGGCCGAGAAAAAAAGAUCACCAAGCAAGUCAAAAGGACUACGACUUGUUCGAAAAAGGGCUCGGAGGUGGUUGGUAAUCACGGUUUAUGCCACCGGUUCUCGUAGAAAGUACUCAAGGAUGGUGCGGAAAUUUAAACCACUGUCCCCUCUCCUCCUUUUUCAUUAAUAUUAAAUUGGCUUCAUGUCACCAUUAUUUGUUCAUCCUCAUUAAAUAUCUUUAAGAAAUUAAAAAGUUGGGCUGGGCUUAUAAAGCCCAUAAAGUUUAAAUGCAGAGUAGAAUCUCUUCGUAGGACAGUAAGAGGUUGAUUGUUCGUGGUUUUUGUUUUAGUUUUUGGUUUUUGUUUUUGCAAAAACCAUUUUUCAUCCAAUCAAGUUUUAGUUUUUAGUUUUUGUUUUUGUAGAAACCAUUUGAUUUGCCAAUCAAGAUUUCUAAUAAAUAGAUUCCCUAAAAUUUAGGGAAACUAGUUUUUGAAAAGUUUAACCACUUUGUGAAGAAAAACCAAAAACCAACUUUUGUGAGCUUUUAAAAGGAAAAACGAAUUUUGAUAUUUUUGGAUAGAAACUACAACAUUUAAUUAAUUAAUAAUUAAUAAAUAACAUUUUCAUAAAGAUAAAUAAUCAUACAAUUUUUGGUACAUUAGCUAUAAUUUAAACAAUAAUCUGAUAUAACUUAUUUGUGUUUAAUAUCUGUAAAAUAAAUUUAUAUAGUUUAUAAAUAAUAUUAAUUAAUUUUAAAACUUAGUUAUUAAUUUCUCUAUAUAAAAUAAUAGAAUAAUUUUAAUAAUUACUAGUCACAUUAAAAAUAACUAAAAUUAUAAGUAAUACAAUAUAUUGUAUUAGUCAUGAAAAAUAAAAAUAGCCAUUAAAUUUUAAGAAAAUAUAAAUAAUUUAUAUGAGAAAUUUUAUAAUUAGUUUCAAAAUUUGAAGUAUUUUUAUUUUUAUAUAAUUUAGAUUUGGAGGUUUGAUGUAUUUUCCAUGUUUCCAAACACAUAGAACCAUAAACAGUAGUCAGUGGAUCACUAAACAACAAUUAAUGUUUGACAAAAUUAAUAUUUAAUACAGUCUAAUUAAUACUGAUAGAUUCGAAACGAAACUAAAUCGAACCAAAAAUUGAAUCAGUAUUCAAAUUUCUAUAAUAUAAUUUAUAAAAAUAAAUUAUAUUUAAUUUUAAAAUAAUUAAUAAAAUAUUUUUUAUUGAUCUGCUAAUUCGCCAGCCUUAUAAAAGGUAUUUAUGAUUAUGCCGGAUAAUUUUUAUUCGCUCUUCCUUGCGUUCGCAAUUCAAAAUUUUCUAGCAGACCUUUACAUUUCUGAACACAUAUUUGAAUCUACUCUUAUAAUUUGUGAUCAGUAUUUAAUACAGUUUAAUUAUUACUGAUAGAUUCGAAACCAAACUAAAUCGAACCAAAAAUUGAAUCAGUAUUCAAAUUUCUAUAAUAUAAUUUAUAAAAAUAAAUUAUCUUUAGUUUUAAAUAAUUAAUAAAAUAUUUUUUAUUGAUCUGCUAAUUCGUCAGCCUUAAAAAGGGUAUUUUAUUUUAAUCGUCUGGAUUAAAAAGAUUCAAAGAAAUGAAACGCCUCCAUAGAGGACAAUGCCUUAUACAACAAGACAGAGAAAAAUAAAAAGCAAGCGACAACAUUCUAAAUAAGAAUCAAACAUCGCUCUCCGAGGUUUCUCUCUAAAUACGAGCGUGCAGCCAAGAGGGACCUCCCAAUGCCAAAUAUGACUGAUAUCGUCCAUCACGCCUAUCAGAUUUCAAACUCAUUUCUGGUCAAACCUAAACGGGCCAAAAAUAUAGGUCCAUUAAGUCAUGUUUGUGUACCAACGGUUCUCAUUUAGUCUCAUUCCUGCCUAUAUCAUAAAUCUCAACCGUUAAACUUAUCUCGCCUCCCAUUGUCAUCUUCUUGUUGAAUGAAAAUAUAUUUUAAAAGAUACAAAUAAUUUUAUAAAGUUUUUUUUAUCAACAAAUUAUUUCUUUCCUUUUUUAAAAUAUGUCUAAAUAAAUUGAUGAGAAGAAUUCACUGUUUCACAAAGAAUCAUUCCUUACUUUAUUCAGUAUAUUUCUUUUGAAAUUAGUCUCCCAUAAAUCUUUUGGCCAAAAAAAAAGUCUCCCAUAAAUCUACAUUUUAAGAUAGAUAUCUUUUCUCCAAAAGAAAGAUAAAUUUAGAUUUGAAAUUUUCACAAAAUAUGCAUUUCCCUAAAAUACCUUUAACAAUUAUCAUAUGACUAAGAUACAAUAAACGCCCAAUGAAAAACAGUUUUAGUUUACCGUUGUUUUGGUGUUCAAACAAAAAAAAAAAGUUCACCCUAGUUUGUAUCGUUUCUCCUAUACUUUCUGCCUGGAGAGAUAUUAGGUCAGAAAUCACUACUAGAAGAAGAUGGUGAUGAUAACCGACCUUCCAUUUGAUCUGGAAAAGAAGAUACUCACCCUUGUUCCGAAAGAGUCUCGACCACAAUGGCAAACUACCUGCAAGAGAUGGUACGCCCUACGCCAAGAUCUACUCGCCAAGAAACACUUGGCUCAAACCGGAAGAGAGUUCAUCUUAUUGUUGAAUACUAGUGUUUUUUCAACAACCAUCAACCUCCAGGGAGUCCAUAACAACGUUGAUCCGACCAUGGAGUUCGGAGGUAAACUUGGAUCUUUACAAGAUUCAAAUGAUUUACAAAUAGAUAGUAUUUUUUACUGCAAGGGGUUGGUGCUAUGCACUAUGGUGGGAAAACAAAGGCUCCUGGUUUGCAACCCUAGUAACCGUGAAACUAGGUAUGUCAAACCUAGAAGUAAUGGCUGUUCCGAAUAUGCUCUUGGAUACAAAGGCAGCAAGUCUUCUUGUGUUAAUAGCUACAAGAUCUUGAGGUAUUGUCGUUAUUUCGACAUGCAAAUGAGGCGUACCGUUUCCGAGUUUGAACUGUAUGACUUUAUGUCUGACUCAUGGAGGGUGUUAGAUGUGGAUGAGCAUGAUUCGUACAUAUCAGCUUGCGGCGUGUCUGUGAAGGGAAACACUUACUGGGUUGCUAAAAGAUAUGGAAACCAGUUCAUACUCAGUUUUGAUUUCACAAGAGAGAAAUUUGGGUUUCUCCCUCUUCCGUAUGAGAGUGCUGGUCCUGGUGUUUCAGUGGAUUAUGGGCAUAAAGAUACCGCUGUUCUGUCAGUUGUUAGAGAGGAACAACUCUCGGUGUUACAUCAGUAUCUUCACUUGUUUUCAUUUGAGAUGAAGAUAUGGGUGAGCAACAUGAUUGGCACCAAAAAGGUGUCGUGGGGCAAGUUCUUGGUAGUGGACGUAGUGCUGUUAAAUGUUGUCAGCUUCGUGGUUGACGAGGAGCAUAAAAUGGCAGUGUGUUGUUGUACAGACAAGGAUGAUGGUGACGAAGAGGGUACCAGCAUUUUCGUUAUUGGAGAGAAUAUACAGAGACAUGUUUAUGAUGAAGAAGUGACAAUAGAUGCAUCAUGGCCACAUCUCAUGAAUUAUGUUCCAAGCCCGGUUCACGUUGUGAGGAAGAGUACGCGCAAAAGCAAAAGGAAACGAAUUGCAAGGAGCUUUAACAGGUAUCAACCAGAGGAGGGCACAUCGGCAAGAAGCGUUGAGGAAACAAAAGUGACACCCAAAGCAAAACCUAAAGCAUAUCGAAGUUUCUAGGGUUGCUUUGAAUGUCCCAAAAUGGUUUAGGAAAUGAAUGUGACACCAGACCUAAAAAGCACAUCGAAGUUCUCUUGCUGUUGCUUUGAAUGUCGCAAUGAUUUCUAUCUUUUCUUCUUUCUUUUUUUUGGACAAUCCCAAAUGUUGUAAUAAAUUGAACGCAUAUUGAAGUUUAUUAUCUUAUUUUGACUCUUAAAAUCUGAGUAAAUGCAAUGGUUUUGUAUUUCAUUUUAUUUACAUUGAUACCAUCAGAUUAAUGCGAAAGAAGCACACAGACUGCCUCCAACUUGCUUCUUUGCUCUCGAGAGACGUUGAGAGCGUAGUGGAAAGGAGAAGUGUGGUUCAAGUUUCCUCUAACUUGAAGAAAAAGAAAGACGAAGGUUCUUUCAAAGUUCACUUCUUUUUCGCUAUAUAGUCUAUUGAGGUUAGCCGGGGUUUAUCAAAUAAGCACAGUGUCUAUUAUUCCGUUUUCCAUAUAACUAAUAUUUGUUCUUUCUAUAGUCAUUGAAUGCAAUUUCUUAUAAGUUAUUUAGAAUGUAGCAUUCUAUUUUUGAAACAUUGACAUCCUACAUCUUGGUAAAAUAAAAGUCACUCUAACACGAUUAUGAACUUCAUCAUCCCAUCAAAAUUACCAAUUAGAGGUGAAUUUUUAAUAUCAAUUCUGACAUAUUCUAUUUUUUGAAAAAAAACUUUUAUAAAAUAUUUUUUUGUCAAUAAAUUCUUUUUGUAAGGGCUCAAAUUUUUUAUUUUGGAUUUUUAACAGCUCGAAGAGAAUAUAAAGUUUUGAUUACUUUAGCAGGAGGUCUGCUUGACUUUGAUUCUCUAUCUACCAUAUUUUGGGUAUUUUGUAAAAUGUAUUCCUUUCAUUUUCUAUAAAUACGCCUAAAUAAAUUGAUGAGAUGAUUUCACUCUUUAACAAAUUAUUAUUCCUUAGUAAUUUAGGAUAUUCCUUUUGAAAAUAUAGUCCCAUAAAUCUAUAUUUCAAGAAAGAUAUAUCUCCAAAAAAAAAACAUCUUAUCAAUAUGCAUUUCCCUAAAACACCUUUAACAAUUAUCACACAAACAAGAUACAAAUAUACAAUAAAAGCCCAAUGAAAAUCAGUUUUAGUCUACUGGGAAAAUGAUCAUUUAAUUUCUCAAGUAUUUGAAAUUAACAGUUUAAAUCUUCAACUCUUAGUAUGCAAUUUAAAUCCUAAUGUUUGUGUUGACUUCAAAAACUUUCUUUUAUUGCUAAAAACAUAUUCUCUAAAUCAAAACCCAGAGGUUAAUUAGAGCUUGCUUUAAAGAAGCUAAACUUAAAAAAUAAAUCUUCUUUAGAGUCUUAAAGCCAGCGGAGACUUUAUUUUAGGAAAAUAAAAUUCUGAAUUUUGAUAUGAAGAAGAUGCUGCUUUUAGGAUUUAGAACUCUGGCUUUUGAUUUGGGGAAGCAGAUGAUAAGAAACAAAAUAGAAGGAGAUUAGCUGUUUAAUUUAACGUUUUUUGGUAUUAUCUAACGUUUACUUUUUUCAAGACUAAUGUUGUGAAGUCAACACUAACAUUGGGAUUUAAAUUGCAUACCCAAGAGUUGAGGAUUUAAACUGUUAAUUUCAAAUACUUGAGGAAUGAAAUGAUCAUUUUCCCUUAGUCUACUCUAGUUUUGGUUAUGCCGGACGCUCUUCCUUGUGAUCGCAAUUCAAAAUUUUCCAGCAGACCUUUAUAUUUCUGAACACAUAUUUGAAUCUGCUCUUAUGGCUUUACUUAAUUUGGAGUAUAAUUUGUGAUCACCCCCCUCCCCCCUGACUUGGUGCAUCAACGUAGACGAACGUAUGUCCUUCAUAAUGCCUUCCACUGUCAAUCAUAAGUUAGGGUAAUAGAUAGCUGGUUUCCACCACCACAACCAUGUAUGCAUCCAAGAAAUAACGUUAACUAUACAAGAAAUUUUAGUAAUCAUUUUGACUUUUGUCUUUUGAUGAUGAACUUGUAAUUGAGAUUUGUUUGAUUUAAUUAUAUGUCAGAUAAGACUGAUAGCGUGUCAUGUUCAAUAUAUAAACAUGAUGCUCAUUUAUCACAUGGAAAUUUGUUUGUCGGUCUUUCAAAAGAAAGUAAGCCACCAUUUUCUUUAAUUAAGACCAUUUGUUCGUUGAAUCAACUAACUUUCAUAAUUAAGACCAACCUUAUUAGAAUGUGUUGGAAUUUGGAAGUGAAUUUUCACCACGCAAUACGCCAGCAAACGGAGAAGGAUACUUUGGUAGCAGUAUAUAUUAUCUUAACUCAGCUGAAAACUCAUUAGUCGAAGAGAGAGACCUUGUAGGCAUCCUGUAGAAUUUACGAAUAACAUUCGAGUUUGAGACUGCAAACCUAUUAUGAAUAUAUUAUUUCUAUAUAUUACUAUGCUAAUUUUUUAUAUCUUUUUAAUUAACUUUGUUAAAAUCAGAAGUAUGUUACUUCAAAAAAAAUUCAAUACAAAUGUUAUUAUUUGAAGUAAAUUCAAAUUAAAUUUGUUAUAAACAAAAUUAACAUACAAUACACACGUACAUGCAGCAGAAACUCAUUACGAGCUGACUUGUAAAACAAAAAGUGGAAACUGGAAGGUUGAAAACAAGCUGAAGUCUCAAAAGAUUACACUUUAACCCCGAAAUUUACAAAUUAAUGCUCUUACAUAUUCAAUCGCUCUCCGAUAAUGAUUAUGUUGGGAUGAUGUGAUCUUAGUAAUUUUUUUCAGAGCGUCUUCAAUCGUUGCAACAAAUCCAGCCUUUGGCAGGAGGUGAACGGCUGAAGUUUACACUGAUCUGUUUUUCCUUGCGAGUGUGAAUCUCUCCAUCUUCUCCUUCAUUGACUUGUAAAACACUCAAAACUAAUUAACUUUCACAUAAAUCGCAUAAAACAACAAAAAUAUAGAGAGGUAGAGCAGAUUCUAACAACAUAAUAAUAUCAUAUAUAUAUGGGUAUACAUUAAUCAAAUGACUUACUAAGUUUCCGGUUUCUGAAAACAGGAAUGACUGCCGAACAUGAAGAUGCAAUGCAUACAAGUAAAAGUGAAGCUAUUAAUAAAAAGAACUUGAGAUUCAUUUUGUUUUUUCCUCCAUUUAUCUUUUGCUUUGCCAAGUAUAAAUAACAUUUAGUGUACGGCUAUUAGGUAGAGAUUAUAAUUAGGGUCGUUCUCACCACCAGUCGGUGGUGAUAUGUAUAAGUCAAUGUAUUUUAAAUGACCCGAUGUUGAUGACUAUUUAAUCUUGUUCAUCUUUAGAUUUUAUGUUCAUCUUUUGAACAAACAAAGCUGCAAAAACGAACCAACACACACAUACAAAAAACACACGCAUACAUACACACACAGACAAUGUUCCACACAAGAGAAGACCGUACACACCUAGCUAUCAAGGGGAGGGGUUGUGAAAUCGACCAGAGAAAAGUGUAAGAAAGUUAUCUUGAUCAUGACUCGUGAGUCGUGACGUAGUGUUGAAUAGCAUGAAGAGGUACCUUAGAGCGAUCAAGACAAGCGUUCUUCUCUCCUUCCACAACUACUACUACUACUCUACUGUAACAUAUAAUUUGAUUUAUUUAAUUAAUUAGUAUGUAUCACAUAAUGAAACAAAACCUUAA